GAGAAAUCAAUGUCAUUGUGAACUUAAAACUCUUUCUUACCGAAUCUAAAAUUCGUCAAAACUGUUUCUUCCGGUUUCUUCUCAGUUCUUGCUUUGGUAAUCCCACCAUUUUUGGUUUUCUGCAGACCCUAAUCUAUAAUAUUCUGAUACUAUAAUCUUUUUAAUUAAGAAAAAAAGAAGAAGUUUUGAUAUAGAGCCAUGAGUACUGGAGAUCUUGUAAAUAUUCAACCCUCGGAGCUCAAAUUUCCAUUUGAAUUGAAGAAGCAGAGUUCUUGUUCCAUGCAAUUGACCAACAAGACGGAUGAUUAUGUAGCCUUCAAGGUUAAAACGACCAAUCCCAAAAAAUAUUGUGUUCGGCCCAAUACUGGUGUUAUUUUGCCCAGGAGCACCUGCAAUGUUACAGUUACAAUGCAAGCUCAAAAAGAGACACCCCCUGAUUUGCAAUGCAAGGACAAGUUCCUCCUACAAAGUGUUGUUGCACCCGAUAGUACCACUUCAAAAGAUAUAGUGGCAGAAAUGUUUAACAAGGAGGAGGGUAAAAUUGUUGAGGAGUUUAAAUUGCGGGUGGUUUACAUUCCCGCUAAUCCACCAUCCCCUGUCCCUGAAGGAUCUGAAGAAGGAUCUUCUCCUAGGGCAUCUUCACUAGAAAAUGGAAAUCAAAAUGCUACAUUAUUUGAAGAUGUAUCAAGAUCUUUGGAGGCAACUAAAGAGAAGUCCUCUGAGGCUUGGUCUAUGAUUUCUAAGUUGACAGAGGAAAAAACUUCUGCCAUGCAACAAAAUCAAAAGCUACAGCAAGAGCUGGAAUUGAUGAGAAAGGAAAUUAGCAAAAGUCAUGCUGGUGGUGUUUCUUUAGUUUUUGUUGUACUGGUUGGUCUCCUUGGUGUUUUGAUCGGCUAUCUACUCCAGAGAAGUUAGAAGCUGCAAUUCAAACAAGCAUAUUCAAUGGUGAAUGUGCAUAUCAAUGUUAUGGGUAUCCGAAAGUUUUCAACACCGUUUUCUUUUUAGUGUGUAUAAGCUGUAGACUAUGUUUUGUAUUUUAUUCAGUUUCAAUUAUUGAGUUGUUUUGAGUUUGAAGAAGGCCUCAUUUUGAAAGGCAGUGUGUGUUUAGAUAGGUUCAGGUUCAGGUAAACCCAAAAACUGUAUUGAAUGGAUUGGCCUAACUUGGACUGCUGGAAUGGAUUUAAAUUUAUUCUGA